AUGUACGUCAAGCUGGUCAUGCUGAAUAAAUGCCCGACCGUACCUUGCAAGUGGCAGGUGUUUGUAUCCCUGGCCGAGUGGCGGCAUGCUCAGCAGAGUUCACUGACUUGUCAGUUUGAGCAGUCUGGCAAGAUUCUCAAGUGUUCCGAAUUUAACGUGGCUGAGAGUGCGCGUGUGCCCAAGCGCUUCAUAAUCCACAAAUAUGCUCUGGAAGAGGCGGAAAGGCAAUGCAUAGAUAGGCAAUGCAAAGAUGAAGAUCCAAAUUGCGACCUUGGACCCCCUCGGUCAGCGCCUAAUGGGAACGGUCUCCUUGUUACGCUCCGCAUCGGUUUUACUCAAGCCCUGGUGGAGCAGAUUGGGCGUAACUCCAAUUACCCGCGAGAGGUCAGCUGGAAGGACCUGGUGCCAAGAUGCAUUCAAAGAGGCAUUGGUUACAGCUUCAGUGAUUUGGCGGCGGAAUUUCCCCAUCUGGGAAUUGCAGAGUUGGACUGGGAGAACUGCAUUGGAAUCAACACUCUAUGUGUUUGGAGAGAAAAGUCUGGACUAACCGGAAGUGUAAUAGCGGAGAUUAGAACCGAGACUGUCCAACAAGCGUACUUCAUCCGACAAUUCUAUGACGCUCCUCUGCUGAUGGAGAAUCGUCAGUGCAACGGGCGUGUUUAUGCUGGAGAGUGUCCUGUCCGUGGCCGUGACAAGGUGAGAAGAUAUCUGUGGACUCCCCACGUGCUGAGCAUGACGCAACAUGCUGCUAAACCACCGGUGAUUACCCUAGUGGAAGACCUUCUCAUAGAACUUCCUAGCAAGGCCAGUCAGCGAGUCAGGCGACGCCGCUUGUCGCUGCAAGCCUUCACCAAAGCACAACGUUCGCUCGCCGAAGCGCAUUCCGACCAAACACUCCUGUUUGCCUAUGCUGUUGAAGUUGUCUAUGCCGAUGGUCCGAUCAUGGUUACUGGAUAUGUGUUGGCGGAGGGUGACGAUCUAGAUGAAUUCAUUGACCACAAACAAAGGGAAAACUCUAACAUUCAAGUUGCCAGCGACGACGACAAUGGAAAGAUCCAGAGUAAAAUAUUCGAUUUUCCAAGCUUUUAUGCAGCACGGCGCGCUACAGUGCUUGUGAGGAGUCUGGCGGUGCAGCAGGAAAAAAGGCACUUUGACAUCAUCCGCACAAUCAUCGAAAAGGUCCCACGGGAAUACACAGUAAAUCUGGUAUCGGUGACGUCUCUGAUUGAUCCAUCCGGCCCGUACCUAAAGGUGGUAUUUGACAUUCUGGGAGCCCCAACUGACGGUAAAGGCGACUCAUUUGAAGGGCAGAUGGAGCUUGCGGAAAAUAUUGCACUUGCCUUCACUGCCCUCGAUAAGGCCGACGUUUAUGCCCAGCUAUCGGAGCGGUUUCAAAGGAAACCAGACAAGGUAACGUUCAGCAAAGACAUGACCUGGAAAGAGGACACUAAACAGUUUGACUUGGGCACAAUACAACAGCAAGCGCAAGGUCAGGUAGCACAACAAGGAGACGACGCACAGGAAGUAAAAAGAAUUGAGCAACACUCACAAGGCGUGAGCGUCAGCGUGCUCAAACGUGCGAGAACAGGGGGCAUAGGCCAGGGGAAUCCCCUAGUCGGUCACCAUUCCCAAUUGGUCGGUUGGAAGAUAGUCGGCACUGAUGACGCAAACUUCGGACCCGAUCCCGAGAUCUUCCUGGAAUUCGAGACGCUGCAAGUCUGGAAGACCUCAGCCCCUCAGCAAAACCCCAGUGGGGUAAAUGCACGACAACUCUCCUACAAGGUUCUUCAUGAGGGCCUAAAGCAACUAGGGCACAACGCGAUUUUCAUCUUCGAGAGAGUCAAGGAGCCCGGAAACCUCGUUGUGGGACUUCAGAGGAUGGCAGAUCCGCAAAAGCUGUCUAAUCUACUGGAUGCUGAGUACGGUACUGAUAAAAAUCACUACGCCUACCUUGGCUCGAACGGAGUGAAGGAGCUUAAGGGCUACACCGGGAGAACCUCGGAACAACGUAGGACUUUUAAACUCAGCUCUUACAGUGGAAUGGGAUUCAUGGACAUUACUCAGUUCAAGGACGUCCUGAACGGCGCAGAAAAUAUGGAGAAUGAGCCCGUCAAGGCGAAAGAAGACAACCCCAAAGUACCCGUGCUCGUCGCGGAGUAUUUCGACCAAAACCUGCAAGACGGCGGCAGUGAACAGGAAACGGAAACGGUGACGAAACUUGUGAAAAUUGCCACACAGCCGUGCAUUCCCCACCCGCUGGGCCAGUUUGCAAGCGCGCAGAGAGUCCAGAGCCGCAAGCAUGUAUUCUACAUGGGCUUGGGGCCACUGGGAACUUUCGAUGAGGUUCAAGAACUCCUCACCGAUAUAUAUGGGGAGCAGGCGCGCGUUGUCCAGUGCGAAGGCUGUGUGAGGGUGACCAUUGCUAUUGACGAUGAUGACGAUGACCCUCACAUGCUUCAGAACGCUCAGCGUUUCUUCAUGAUGGACCAUCUGAUGGAUGUCUGUUUGCCUUUCUCUUUCAUGUUCCAUGUGUAUUUCGAGAGUUCGGUGGCAUUCUCGUACUUUGGAUGGAACAUAGAUGAUGUGUGGUUGUUGAAACGGUUCUUGAAUGCUGGCUCCGUCGAGCCGAUGUCUCAUCUAUGCGCCAUCCAAUUGCAACAGAUCAUGCUAGAAUUGGAAAACAUCGACUGUAUUCUGAAGACCGGUGUCACGCCGGAUGAUGUUAUUUACAAGGCUACAGCGCACCAAGUCGAGGUUACGCUGCCCAUCGACCCCACAACGCUGGUGGAUCUACACGAUCGCCUGGCCCUGGCCAAACGCAUCCUACAGUACGGCGCAACCGCUUUCCCCGCCCGCUGGAAAGCCGCGGAGCUGGGUGACAUAGGAACGGAAUCGUUCAAGGUGCGAAUCUACUACGAUGAGGAGCGACAUGCUAAGCUGGUUCUAGACUAUCUGAAAGCUGUACCUAAGUUCCAUGCGGAGUACUCUCCUCCCAAUAACAAGCCAAUCCCGAACGUCCAGCCUGGGGAUAACGCCCAGGAUGGAGACCCCAUCAACCUCCGGCAGCCUGGGGAUAACGACCAGGACGGGGACAAUGACCAGAACGGGGAUAAUGACCAGGACGGGGAUAAUGACCAGGACGGGGACGAUGACCAGGACGGGGACGAUGACCAGGACGGGGACGAUGACCAGAGGGGAGACGAUGGCCAGGGGUGUGGCAAAUGUCCCAGCCCCCAGAAGAAACCCCAAACCUUUCAAGAAAGGGCAGAUGAAAUUUCGCGCGGUAAACACGGGCUCGAAUUGAGCCGUGCAAGACAGAUGUUCUUUAGAAACGAGCAAAGGAAAGGAAAAUCACACCUGUCAUACUGGAGUGUGUUGCUGGACAAUGUUCAGAUUCCUGACAGCGUAACGGAACCGUUUAAGUCCAGAUAUAGCAGCACUUCCGAGUCUGACAAGAAGCGUCUUAAAACGGACUUGGAAAAAAGGAUAUGUAAUCACGUGAAAAGUCAACUCCGCAGCAAGUUUCAUACUCAGGUGUACCUGCUUCAGAGCCAAGCUAUAGUAGAGGUGCACGUCGACGGUUCAUCGCAGGACGUGGUAGUAAGCGGGUCAGUUGUGAUCAUUGUUCAUACCAAGAGGGAAGCGACAUUGAUCGAGCUGCAUGCCUUGAGCAAGAAGAACUGGCCCGGCCAGACGGCGCUAGCCGCCAGCGUUACCCUGUACCCAUCAGACGUAACAAACCUGCUGCCCGAAGUUCAAUACCCAGAGCCGUCUCCCGCACAGCGCCAAUCACCGGGCCGCAACGUGCCUUUCCCAGGGUCGUCUGCCGUACAGCAGCAGCAAUCGCCAGACCAAAAGCAGUCGACGCGACUCGCCAAGAAGGACAAGGACACGGGCCCUGCGAGUUUCAGCACCUACCAGGUCGAGUUCACUGGGCUACCACGCGAGAAGCUGGGCGAGCACGGCACGCCGCUGUUUCAGAAAAGCGCACAGGAGCAGGCUACCGUCGUCCUGUUCGAUCUACUCACCGCUAGGCUGGACAAGCUGCAGCGAGAUCAUGUCGCCGCGGUCCACAACAAGGCACUGCACGUGAGUGUGUUCAAGGCCAUGCUCAAGCAGAAUAAGUGCCACAUCGACAGCGUCGAGCCGGUGAUACAAGACAAACUUGAUGGGGCCGGUGCUGCCGGUGCUGCAGCACCAGCUGACCAGGACCAGAAAGCCAAGGGCAGCAAGAAUGCAAAGGGUGGAGCUCAGAAGGUGGCACAGCCUGCAGCAGCAUCACCAGCAGCAGCACAAGAUGCCGCCGGCAACUCCCAGGACCAGAAGAAGUCCAAGAAGCAAAAGGAGCGGGAAAGGAAAGCGGCCAGGAAUGCGAGUGAGCAGAAAGCGGCGGACAAGAAGGCGGGCAAGGCAGUGGCUAAGCCAGCGGCUAAGCCAGCGGCUAAGCCAGCAGCUAAGGCAGCUGUCACACAGCCCCCACGGCCCAGCGAGUACAAGGCCGUUGGGAUGAUGGCGCUGACCGAUGCCGCAACACACUACGGGGAUGCCGAUACCACAUCCUUGGAUCAUUACUUGCACAUAACCGACGGCGGGGAACCCAUCACCUUUGCCUUGACGACGGCUGGCGGAAAACCUGUAACAUGCCGGAUGAUCGACACAAGGUUGCAACGCCUUCUCGAAAAUACGAAUUUGAAAAAGUUCAAAAUUCAGGAUAACCGUGAACAGCAUUGAAAACCGUUUAGAAGUCUAGGCAAGCGAUCCUACAGUUGCAGCAGCCAUUAACAUCUCUACUCCAUGAGCAGUCUAAAUUUUCACAAGCGUUUAUUUUAGCGCCUAGUAAUUAUUUUAAAGUAAUUUGGUUACCGCGUCAACUCUUUGAGCUACCUUUCUUGUCAGCCUGCACUCUGC